AUGUCUAUUAAACCAAUUGCCCUUGCUCCUCCUCAGCCCUCCACGCAGAGGGGUCAAGCCGCUCAUAUUGCAUAUGACGCGGUGAAUGAUAGGUUGGCCUACGUCAAUGGUAAAUCCGUUAUUAUUCGUCCAGUUGAUUUCAAUUCGAAUUCCCCCAUUGUUGUGUUCACCAAACAUAUACAUCCAACCACCGCAGUGAAGUUCUCUCCUUCUGGCUUCUAUGUUGCCUCGGGUGACGAGUCUGGCCAGAUCAAAAUAUGGGAUGCGGCACCCAAAAAGGGUGACGAAGUCUUUGAGCAACCAAUUAUAAAGAGUGAAUUUCAGGUUAUGUCAGGUCCAAUUCGGUCAAUUGCAUGGGACGCUGAUAAUGCACGUCUUAUUGCUGUUGGCCAAGGAAAGGAAAAAUUUGGGCACGCAUUUUCUUGGGAUACUGGUAAUUCCAUUGGUGAUAUUCAGGGUCAUAGCAGUACUAUUAAUGCAGUCGACAUUAAACCCCAGAGGCCAUACAGAGCUGCUACUGUAGGGGACGAUUUUGCAAUGGUUUUCUACCAGGGCCCACCUUUCAAGUUUGAUAAGAGUUUACGAGGAAAUCAUACUAACGCAAUACGUGACGUUAAGUUCAGCCCCGAUGGACAAUACAUAGUCUCGGCUGGUUCUGAUAGGGCUAUAUGUAUUUACCAAGGUAGAACCGGUGAGCUUAUCAAAAAGAUUGAAAAUGGCCAUGAUGGAGGGAUAUUUGCCGUUGCCUGGACACCUGACUCGGAGUCGUUUGUGACAGCAUCUGCUGAUGGAUCAGUCAAGACUUGGAGUGUUGAAGGGGGUUUAGUUUUGACUUACAAAGUGGCCGAAAAGCCCACAAUCUUUCAACAACUUGUUGGUUUGGCAGUGACUAAAGAUUAUGUGAUCGCUUUGAGUUACGGUGGCGACUUGACGUACUUUAAAAAUGGCGACAUAGUCCAAGUUGUUCAGGGUAAUCAAGCACCCAUCACCAAGUUGGCUUUUGCACAACCAGAGUUAUACAGCGGGAGCUCCGACGGGAAGUUGUUCAAGACUGAAGUAGAGCCCAAUGGCUUCAAACCGAAUCCUUCUAGACAAGGAGGAAAGGGCACAGAGCAUAGUAAUUAUGUGGCCGAUUUGUUGGUUAGUCGUGGGACUCUAUAUUCCGUUGGAUGGGACGACGAAUUGAAGUGUUGGCAGGACGGUAAGGUACAAGCUUCAACAAAAUUGCCAUCGCAACCAAAACAAUUGAGUAACGUGGAUGACAGCAUCGUUGUUCUUUUUGAAUCUGAGUUGCAGUUGUUCAGCAAAGACUUAAAAUUACAGUCCACAAUCAAGUUUGAAUUCUCAAGCACAAAUGUGGCACCAUUAUCAAGCUCUCAACUAUUGGUUACCAAUGCUUCAAAAAAUACUUUGGUUGGUAUUGAAGUUGACAAAGACUCCAAACUAUCCAUUACGUCGCAACAAUUUCCCACGUUGAGGACGCCACCCACAUUGAUCAGGGUUUCUCCAGAUGGUGAAUAUUUUGCCGUAGCUGACUCGGCUGGUAAAUACACCUUGUUCAAAAAUGACGGGACCGUUGUCUCAACGAGGUGGGCCUUCCAUACUAGCAAGGCAUACGAUGCACAAUGGUCACCGGACUCGAAAUAUUUGUUAAGUGGAGGGCUCGAUUGUGGAAUAUUGUUGUAUUCGGUUGAGAAACCUUCCAAGGUUGUUAAAUUUCCCCUUGCGCAUGCUUCUGGUGUUACAAGCUUAGUUUGGGUGGAUUACGACAACGAAAAACAAACGGGGCAAUUUUCUAGUUCGGGUUUGGACGGUACAAUAAGACAGUGGAGUUUGACUAGAUAG